UGGGACUGGGUGCUCGUCACUGAGAUGCAGUGUAGACUUGGCUGGUGACUAGUCUGCAGGCUCUCCACUUCUCUUGUCCCUGGAGUGAGCCAGUUGGGGGGCAGAUUCCUGCGUUCCCCUCUCAGUCUACGUCUUUGUCUGGACUAAACCAACUACCCGUCAUUGGAGUACACAGCCUGUCCUCACUCGUGUUGCUUGGAUCAGCACAGCUCAUCUCCUGACUGAGGAGAGCGCAGCAGCUGCACAAGAUUCACUUUCUACCAACUGAUCUAUCCCAGCCCUGCCUACACUGCCCCGUCACCAUGGUGCUGUCACAACGGCAAAGAGAUGAACUAAAUCGAGCGAUAGCCGAUUAUCUACGUUCCAAUGGAUAUGAAGAAGCAUAUUCCACUUUCAAGAAGGAGGCUGAAUUAGAUAUGAAUGAAGAGUUGGAUAAGAAGUAUGCUGGCCUUUUGGAAAAAAAAUGGACCUCAGUCAUCAGAUUACAAAAGAAGGUGAUGGAACUUGAAUCCAAACUAAAUGAAGCUAAAGAGGAGAUCACCCUGGGCGGACCUGUCACUCAGAAGCGCGACCCCAAAGAGUGGAUCCCACGCCCACCAGAAAAGUACGCCCUGAGUGGCCACCGCAGCCCAGUCACCCGUGUCAUCUUCCCAGUGUUCAGUGUCAUGGUGUCUGCCUCGGAGGACGCCACAAUAAAGGUGUGGGACUACGAGACAGGAGACUUUGAACGCACACUUAAAGGCCACACAGAUUCGGUGCAGGACAUCUCUUUUGACCAGACUGGCAAACUGCUAGCAUCCUGCUCUGCAGACAUGACUAUCAAGCUGUGGGAUUUCCAAGGCUUUGAGUGCAUCAGGACCAUGCAUGGACAUGAUCACAAUGUUUCGUCUGUAGCCAUCAUGCCCAAUGGAGAUCACAUUGUUUCUGCCUCAAGGGACAAAACCAUGAAAAUGUGGGAGGUGGCCACUGGGUACUGUGUGAAGACCUUCACAGGCCACAGGGAGUGGGUCCGUAUGGUGCGGCCCAACCAGGACGGCACACUGAUCGCCAGCUGCUCCAACGACCAGACGGUUCGCGUGUGGGUCGUGGCCACCAAAGAGUGCAAGGCUGAGCUGCGAGAGCAUGAGCAUGUGGUGGAGUGCAUCUCCUGGGCACCAGAGAGCGCUUACCCCACCAUUCUAGAUGCCACAGGCUCAGAGACCAAGAAGAGUGGUAAGCCAGGCCCCUUCCUGCUGUCUGGCUCCAGAGACAAAACCAUCAAGAUGUGGGAUGUUAGCAUUGGCAUGUGCCUUAUGACACUGGCUGGCCAUGAUAACUGGGUGCGUGGUAUCCUCUUCCACCCUGGAGGCAAAUUUAUUGUGACUUGUGCAGAUGACAAGACCUUAAGGAUCUGGGACUACAAGAACAAGCGCUGCAUGAAAACCCUGAGUGCCCACGAACACUUUGUUACCUCUCUGGAUUUCCACAAGGCUGCUCCUUACGUGGUCACUGGGAGUGUAGAUCAAACAGUAAAAGUGUGGGAGUGCCGCUGAUUUGGACCUUGGAGGAUUGGACCACCACCCCAAUUACCCAAGCGCUCCUCUGGAUCCCACCUCCCCUUUCAUUCCACCUCCCCUCCCCCUCUCCACCUCCACCUAACCUAAACCUCACCCGCACAUCUCCAUCAUCUCCUCCGGCUGCACUUAACCACCACGGUUAUUUACCCAUCGCGCUCUCUGGUCCAAUAACUUUUGUCCUUCUAUGUAAAUUAUUCCUGGAUGUAGAUCGAGCUAUUAAAUGUUACACAAAAAAAGUAUUCUUGCAUGGUAAUCCAAAAUUGUAUACUGUAAAUUUACAUAACGUUGUCUAGAAGUACCAUAGGUUUAACACGGGGCUGGCCGUCUGUCACGCAGCCUUACAGACCAACCGAAGGCAGAUGUUUUUGACUGGGUGUAAAAUGUAGGGCACUAAAAAGCGAUAAUUUAAGAAAUGACAGUGUCUUUAUGUGUAAGAUUUAUUUUUGUCUAUUUUUUUAUUUAGAAUUUUUUUUUCUCUGUUAUUUCUCUCCUUCACUGUCGUAGUCUGUUGGUGCCUAGCUUGGUGAGAUAAGGCAGGAAAAGCAUAUUCGAUGCGAUAUGAUACGAUUGUCUGUGGGGCUUUGUUAUUGAAAUAAUCUGUAGCUUUAUAACAUCACUUCUGAGUGUGCAUACCAUUUCUCUUCAUGUGGAACUAGGUAAUAUUUUAAUGGCUGUAUAUACGAAUGUUUCAAACUGUUGUCCUUGGACCUCGGGGCUUGAACAAACAGCUUUGUACUCGUCAUGGUGGCACAUCCUCAGCGAGCAGGAAACCGCUGCUGGGCUUCAGAUGAAUUAUCCCAUUAAAUAAAUCUGCAGCCAGGAGUCAAAUGUCCACGUCGUUAACUGACUUUGUGAAUAGCUGCACUUAACUAUUCACCACAAUUUAGUCUGUUUGGCUUUUUCGCCAUCGGUGAGCACCCUGAUUUCCAAGCACCUGAGCAGAGUUCAGGGAUAAAACCCGGACUAAUUUCUAGCACUUAGUAAGAGUCGGGGUUGUGUUGAUUUCCUGAGAUCUUGCAUGUCAAAAAACUCUGUCGAACUAAACCGUCUGUCCUCAUCCAGACCCUUGGCCGUUCAGUCCUGGCAGGUUAUCGUAUAAAAGAGGAAUUAUGUAAAGCCAGAAGAUGCUCAGUUGUCUCGUGGCGACAAAGUCUUGGAAAAAAUACAUGCGCUGAAAGAGAGACAAACAGGCACGAGUCAAAGUGAGCCCCCUGGAUUUGAUAUCUGGGAUGUGCAAAGAUCUUUUAAUUUCUGAGGGGUGAGAUUUAUGUUCUGCAUUAUAAAAAUGGUUUUGCUUAAAAAAAAAAGUCAGUUUUCUGUGAAAAUAUGAAAUGUAAAUUUAGCUUCUUAUUAAUACAUUUGGCAGUUUUGUAUUAUCGCACUAAAGGAUGAACUGGAUGGGAAUUUUGGAUUAGUGAGGCGACAGACAUGAGAUCUGUAGCUGUUUUGUCUGUAGAGGGGUCUAUACGGGAGGUUUUACUGUACGGAGGCUCUCACUGUGGUCAAAAUAGCGAGGGCCUCUGCAGACAAACCCCACAGAUCACCUCACAUGUAUGCAAACGUCUUCUGAGUGGCUUUCCUCAAACGUUCAGGUUUUGAUCUUUUGUGGAGCAGAAAAUGUAAAACUGGAACGUGACUAAUUGAGUUCACACUGUAGAAACGACCAUUCCAUUCCCCUUGGAGGACAAUAAUGAAGCACCCUGCCCAGAGAGGGCAAGGGGCCUCAUAAAUCUUGUACAUCCCUGUUUUCACUAAAUCUUUGGUCCUUUAUCGCUGAUCAAAGACAACAUUAAAAAUGAAUGAUGUUGAUAAAUGCAUAAACCUAUAAUUUCUGAUUAGCCUUUUCAUUCCAAUGCCAUUCUUGGCUAAUAAAGAAUUACACUGCUUAACUGAUCUUCUUAGCUUCUUUGCAAAGUUUUCCUCUUCCUGUGUGUACUGGAUGUGGUGACCUGCUGCUCAAAGCUCCUGCUAGUGGCUAGUGUGAGCCUAAUGUGACCUGUUGAUCUAGCACCGCUGCAUGUAAACCAUCAUCAGAGGUAGAGCUGUCUGCAGGGGGCCGACCUCUCAAUGUUGCGCAUGAAAACCAGAACCGUCUUUUCAGAUCCGAUGUUAAUGAGGAAGGUAGCUGUACUCUUACAAAACAGUGUCUCUGGAUCUAAAAUAGUCUUCGUCCUGUGUUUGUGCGGGACACUCGACAGGUCAGCCGGCUUCCAAUGCAGACAGCUCUGUUCCUCGGUUGUAGAAAGGCUGGUUUUGUUGUGUGUGAUGCUCUUUAAAGGAGGGCAGACCUGUUGGUUGGCUGCUUCCUCCUCCUGUAAAUGCAAUGGGAUUGUGGCAGACUAGGAUGUUCCAAAGGAGAAGCCCCUCUCUUUCAGGGAAUAUUGCUCAUGUCUCCCUUUGGUUUGUGACCCUUACAAAGUCUUAUUUUUUCUACAAGUUGGCCUCUCUGUUCUUUCUUUGGGUGGAGAAGCAGCACUAAUGUUCCUAGUUUUCCCUUUGUAGUACAAAUUUGGCAUGGUAAAUAAAAAUGCCAAGGUGUUAGAUGUUCUAGCUAAAGCCAAAAAUGGAGACAUUCGUCAGUACAAUCUGGUCUACCUUGAGUAAUCAGCCUCCGUAUUGGUCCAAAACUGCGGGACCAACUUUUGAAAAUGAUGCUCGAAUGAUGCUCUCCUCAGGAUCACGCUAUGACAUGCCAGACCAUAAAAAAUAACAAAAACCCUUCCUUUAUUUUAGGCAAGGAUGAGGGUUAAUCAAAGGUCAGGACGAUGUGUGUUCUGUUUCUUUUGUAGAAAAAAAAAACAUAUUUAAAAAAAAAAAAACAACUACAACACAGCUGCUAGUGUUGUACACUAGUGUGGAGGAAAUCCUCUUUUGCCAUUCGCAGGUCCCAAGCAAUCCCUGUGCUGCUCUGGUCUGGUGUGUGAAGGGACUGACGGACAGGUUUUUCUGUCUGUGGGUCGUUUCCUCUGUCCUCUGUAACCUGCCUGUGAACCACAUCCGAGGGCUUCAGACUGCACAACAAGCUCCUACAGGGGCUCAUGAUGUUUUCGCCACUAUGGUCUCACUCUUCACUCAGCAAACUGUUAACAAUAUACCUGGAUGUCAUUAUUGUUUGCGAUAUAAUAAAAGAAAAUCUGCA